UCCAAAACUCCAGCACUUUAUUUUUAUCACCUUGGAUUUCACAUUGUUCGACCAUCUUAAGAAUUGCAGAGCCAGGGUCAGAAGUUAUUCUAGAUAGAGAAAGAAGAAAUUCUAGGGAGAGAAACAAUCAUGGAGAACUCUCACAUCCAUCACGAAAGCAAGCGAGGAUUUGCAGAGAGGAAAGGUGGCAUGAAGACCAUGCCUUUCAUUAUAGCCAACGAGACGUUCGAGAAGGUGGCGAGCUACGGGUUGCAAGCAAACAUGAUCUUAUACUUGAUGACGGAAUACAAUUUGAACCCUGUCUCAGCGGCGAAAAUCCUCUUCACUUGGUCUGCAACUUCCAAUUUCAUGCCCAUAAUCGGAGCUUUCGUGUCCGAUUCCUAUCUCGGUCGAUUCCGAGUCAUUACCUUGGGAUCUAUUGCCACUCUUCUGGGAAUGAUCAUUCUAUGGCUGACGGCCGCAAUUCCGAAUACAAGGCCACCAAGUUGCCCUACCCAGAAAACCUGCUUUCUGCCCUCACCAUCCCAAAUUGCAAUCCUUUUAACCUCUUUCGCUUUGAUGUCAAUUGGGACUGGUGGAAUAAGGCCAUGCUCUCUAGCUUUUGGGGCCGAUCAAUUAGCCCAAAGCAAAAGCGACCCAAAGACGGGAAGAACUUUACAGAGAUUCUUCAAUUGGUACUAUGUAUCAGUUGGUUUGUCAGUCAUGAUUGCCGUCACAGUGAUUGUUUACAUUCAAGAUGUGAAGGGGUGGAUAGUGGGUUUUGGGGUACCUGUAAUUCUCAUGGCAUUGUCUACUGCGUUUUUUACCUUAGGUUCUCCAUUUUAUGUAAAGAAAGAAGCACAACAGAGUGUUUUUACAGGCCUGUUUCAGGUGGUUGCGGCGGCCAUUAAGAAGAGACAUCAAGUUUUGCCAAUUGACAACAUAGAUGGAAUGUAUUAUCAUAGAGGCUCUAAGCUUGCUACUCCAACACAAGAACUCAGGUCUCUGAAUAAAGCAUGCAUGAUAACCGACCCAGCUAAGGACUUAAAACCUGAUGGAUCGGCCCAAAACCCAUGGACCCUAUGCACAGUGCAGCAAGUGGAAGACCUCAAGUCCCUCAUAAAAGUAUUUCCCAUCUGGUCCACCGGAAUCACCAUAUCCAUCGCCAUGCUACAACAUGGCUUCCCGGUGCUCCAGGCCACUGCCAUGGACCGUCACCUCGGCCCUAAUUUCCAAAUCCCCGCCGGUUCCUUCGGAGUUUUCAGCCUUCUAGCCCUCACAGCAUGGGUGGCCAUCUACGAGCCCAUAAUUGGCCGGGUCUUAAAAAAACUGACAGGAAAAAGGCCAAGCAAUUUGUUCCGUUUGGGGGCGGGCCUACUUAUAUCAACUGGGUCAAUGGCUGUAGCCGCAUUAGUUGAGAGUGCUCGUCUGAAAGAAGCCCAUAGGACGCCGGAGAAGAAGAUGUCAGCACUGUGGCUGAUCCCUCAGCAUUGCUUAGCAGGAAUUGCUGAGGCAUUGAAUUUUAUAGGACAAAUUGAGUUCUACUACACUGAGUGUCCCAAAAACAUGUCUAGUGUAGGGGUGGCACUUCUUUCCUUAGGGAUGGCUGUAGGGAAUCUGUUAGGAGAUGUGGUGCUCACCAUUGUUGAUGGGGUCAGUAGAAACUUAAGUGGGGUGAGUUGGGUGCCUAGGGACAUAAACAAGGGCCACUAUGACUAUUAUUACUGGGUUCUUGCAAUCAUGUCCUUGGUUAAUUUCUUCUAUUUCUUGUUAUGUAGUUGGCUUUAUAGGUAUAGGAAAGAUUUUGUGGUUAAAGGGGUAGAUACCAAGGAGUAUGAUGAGGAAAUCCUAUCAAAAUCAAGGGAACUCCCACUUCCAAUAAGGUAAAUAGGUUUUAUUAUGGCUCUUCUUUGAGCCCUAUAAUUUCCAAUUUCUAUUAUUAAACUAGGGUUUGUUAUCCAAAAGUUGGGGUUUAUAUGGCUCCUCAAGUGGUGAUGGGUCCUUUGGGAAGGAUUUGUGCUGCAGUUUCUUUGAAAAAAAGAGCUAGGUCUUUCUGCUUUGGCUUGGCCUUUAAGUUGUGCAUCAUCUUAGUUGGCUUUCCCCUUGUGUUAUAAAAAGGAUCCUAGGACAAGAUAAAGUUGUGAUUGAUGGGUUAUAUUCACUUCUAUGUAAGUUGUAAGUGUGAUAUUGUCCAAAAAUUCCAUAAAAGUGUUAUUUUCUUGGUAA